AUGGCUGCUACUUCAUCUCAGAACGCCAUCACCUUGAAGGGAUCGACUGAAAUCGUGUCUGAAUUCUUUUGGUAUGGAAUCAACAGUAUUCUGUACCAGCGAGGAAUCUACCCUCCAGAAGAUUUUACGCGAGUACAACAGUAUGGCCUGACUCUGCUGGUGUCUUCAGAUGAUGCCCUUAAAAAUUAUCUAAAUGAAGUGCUGUCACAUGUUAAAAAAUGGCUGUUGAGUAUGACAGUGAAGAAACUAGUUGUUGUUAUUAAAGACAUAGACACCAACGAGGUGAUGGAGAGAUGGCAGUUUGAUGUAGAGUGUGAUAAAACUGUGUUAGAAGAAAGUAAACCAAGAGAAAAGUCAGUGAAAGAAAUCAACAAAGAAAUUUGUUCUGUGAUACGGCAGAUAACAGCCUCUGUGACCUUUCUGCCUUUGCUGGAAAGUGCUUGUGCCUUUGACUUACUGGUAUAUACAGACAAGGAUGUCGAGGUGCCCAGCUCGUGGGGCGAGGAUGGCCCACACUUCAUUGCCAACUCAGAGGAAGUUAGACUGCGUUCCUUCUCUACCAGCAUACACAAGCUUGACACCAUGGUGGCUUAUAAAAAGACGGACUGAAAGCUAGAGUGUUCUUCCUGAAAGUGCAUUAGAAGUUGGAUCAAAUAGCUUAUAGUGCUGGCAGUUAGCCUUAACCAUAGAAAUGUUUUUCAGUCCUGAAACAAACAAUGGACUGUAUAUAGGAACAUACUUUCUUAAUAUUCACAAAGAUGGAUUGUAAACUGCUUUCCUGUUUGUUCUAUGUUGUACGGUGAUUCUGAAUGAGACGGAAAAAUCCAUCAAGUUGUGCUGAAAUAUCAGAGAAAUCUUUGUUCAGCUGAAAGUAUUGUUUCAUUUCUUAUUCAUAAAGGGUUUUUGGUUACUAGUGCUUUUUUUUUUUUUUUUUAUUUGCUGUAAUGAAUAAAAUCUGACAGGCUAGGUCUGCUUCAUAAUUAUUUUUACAUUUCAGUGUUUACUUAUUGAUAGUGCUUUUAUAUUUCGUGAUUAUGUGAUCUUGUCAUUGUUGUACUAUACAAGUACAUACUAUCUUCUCUUGCUAGCUCAU